UCCUCCCCGGCCUUUUACGAACAUCGCCAACGGUACGCGCAUCGAACCAACACAGAAUGAGCACGGGGAAGGUCGCGAUAGUCACAGGCGCGUCCUCUGGCGUGGGCAGGGCGUCCGCGAUCGCCCUCGCCCAGGCGGGCUGGUCCGUCGCGCUCCUCGCACGGCGCGCUGAUAUGCUGGAGGAAACGAAGGCGCUCUGUGUGGAUCCCGCCAAGGUUCUCCUGGUCGAAGGCGACGUCGCGCGUGAAGAGGACGUGAAGCGCCUCUUCCAGGCGACGAUCGAUGCGUUCGGGCGUCUGGACAUGCUCUUCAACAACGCCGGCCGGGGCCACGCGCAGGUGCCCAUCGAAGAGCUCUCCCUGGACGCGUUCCAGCAGGUCAUCAACGUGAACCUGAUCGGAACCUUCCUCUGCACGCGCGAGGCCGUCAGGAUCUUCAAAUCCCAGACCCCUCAGGGAGGGCGUAUCAUCAACAACGGCUCGAUCUCGGCGUACACGCCCCGGCCCUUCUCCUACGCUUACACUGCGAGCAAGCACGCCGUGCUCGGGCUCACGAAGACGACGCUCCUCGAUGGCCGCGCGCACAACAUCACCUGCACCCAGGUCGACAUAGGUGGCGCGCAGACGGUGAUGUCCCCCCCAGAGCGGGGCACGCUGCAGCCCGACGGGAGCUACUCCCGCGAAGCGACGUUCGACGCGAAGCACGUCGGCGAGAGCAUCGUGCACGUCGCGAACCUCCCGCUCGACGUCACCGUGCUGACGUUCAAUAUCAUGGCGACGGGGAUGCCGUUCGUUGGGCGGGGCUGAGCGUGGCCGCCGUGGCACGGGCCAUCACACAAGCUUCGUAUAGAGUCGGCUGUGGGACCAUCGAGGUUCUCAGGACGGCGUGCGACGUAGGUGCCGAGUAGAAAGCUAAAGCGAAGGACGAUCGCGAUGUAUACGUACGUUUGCCGUUGCCAUACAGGUGUAUCGAGAUAGUGCUCCACAAGCACCUGAUG